AACUCCUAUAACGGUCUUAUCUCUCUCUCUCUAAACUCUCUCUCUCUCUCUCUCCUUCCUACAACUCUUCUGUGAAGUCUGUGUGUGCUUCUUCGAUUGGUAUUGGAACUUGGGUUUUGCGAGAUGGGUGUUAAAUCGGUGUCCGGAGACUCUUCGGAACGGGAAAACUGGGAGAUAAUAUUCAAGAGUUUGGUCAAGAUUCUACAGAAGAAGCAAGACCAGGUCGAAGCGCUUCUCAAAGAUAGGAAGCUGUUAGAAACUUCGAUCAAGUCUAAGCACGAAAAUUGGCUCAUUGAUGUUCGGAAUUACGAGGAUCAACUCUCUCUGAUGAUGAAAGAAAUUGAAACGACAAAGAGGAUGCAGUUGCUUGAGACUUCUAAAUGCAAUCUCUUGUGUGGAUUAAAGGAAAGCGAUAAUACUCUUUGCAAUUUGAAAUUGGAACAGUCGCUGGAUGAGUUAAAGGACUUCAAGGCUUGGUUUGAUUUCCUCACUCUGAAUACAACAAAUAAUGAAAGUGUCAACUCAGAAGGUUCAGCUAUUAAGUCACUGGAGGCAAGAAUCAGAAAACUGAAACUUGAGUAUGAGAAGCUUGUAUCUGAAAAGAAAUGUGAGGUAUCUGAUCUUGUACGAGAAAAUGGGUUUGCGUGGAAUCAGUUCAACUGUAUUGAAGUUGAGCUUACUGAUAAGUUAAAGAGAAAAGAUGAUGAGAUCGCUCAAGCAAAUUUGAAAAUUUCUAGUCUUUUAUCUUAUCAAGAGCAGCUUCAAUCAACUAAUCAAGAAAAGGAUGAGACUAUCUCAAUGUUAAAGGCUAAGAUGGCUGAAAUGGAGACGAAUUCUACUAAAAAGGAUGAGGAGAUCUCAAAACUCUCACGGGAUCUAGAGUCUUUGAAGAAGUCUCGUGGUUUUACACCAGUUUUAACUCGAUGUACAAAACUUGAAAAGCGUAGCAAUACGGUUGGAUCUUACAUAUCUACUAAGAAAGAGAAGUCUGCUGCAUCAUCAUCAUCUAAUGAAAAGGUAAGCAAAAACUCAAAGAGGAAAAGAAUGAACACGACGACACCCGUCUCAGUUUCAGAAAUCCCAAAGCUGUUCACUUCGACAUUUAGACUUCCUAAGUUGAAGUCUCCAUCUUCUGGAGCCAUAUAGAUUUUAUCUUUUAUUAGGGAACUUAGGUUAUUGAAAGCAUGUUUAUCUAUUUGUAUUUAGGAUCAAUCCCCUGGUGUACAUUUUGCAACUGACCUCACCCAUUAGCUUAAUAGUUCUUGAGAAUUGCCCCCUUACACCAGCAUAAACUUAGUUAGGAAACUCAUAUUGCAUCUAGCAUUUGUCUUUAUUUUCUCUAUAUUAUUGUGGCUUGAAGCUUAAUCAGAGAAGGAGGCAGCAAUGGCAGAACAUUUGGCAAUGCAACAAAGAUUUCAAGAGGCUUUGAAUUGAAGAAGAGUGAUUUCCGGUUUUAUUUUGUUUGUAGUUGACACUUUCUUUUGUAUGGCUUUGAUAUUUUGAAUAAAGAUUUUAUG